AUGGCCCCUCGAGUAGCGAUUGUUUUUUACUCGCUUUACGGCCAUAUUCAAAAGUUGGCCGAGGCUGAACUGAAAGGCAUUGUCGCCGCUGGCGGCAAGGCAGAUAUUUACCAAGUUGCAGAAACCCUGUCAGAUGAAGUUCUAGCGAAAAUGCACGCGCCGCCCAAAUCGUCUUAUCCUGUCAUUGACACCCACAAACUGCUGGAGUAUGACGCGGUGCUUUUCGGAAUCCCUACUCGCUACGGUAAUUUCCCGGCGCAGUGGAAAGCGUUUUGGGACAGAACUGGUGGCAUAUGGGCUUCAGGCGGAUACUGGGGAAAAUACGCUGGUCUGUUCAUUUCCACCGGUACCCCAGGCGGUGGUCAAGAGUCCACAGCUAUUGCAUCUAUGAGUACCCUGGCUCAUCAUGGAUUUGUUUAUGUUCCAUUGGGCUAUAAGAAUGUCUUUCCGCUACUGGCGAAUCUGGAUGAAGUUCACGGAGGAUCCCCAUGGGGAGCUGGUACUUUUGCGGCUGCGGACGGUUCACGUCAGCCCACUGCUUUAGAGUUGGAAAUCGCCGAGCGUCAGGGCAACGAUUUCUGGACUACUGUUUUGAAGGUCAAUUUCUAA